GUGCGCGGCGCGCGCGGCUGCCGACGACUCGCCCGCAUGCCCGCCGGCCGCCCCCCGAGCCCACGUGCGCGCGCCCGCGCCGCUGUGCCCGUGCUACUACCCCACACAACCGAUAGCCACCGUCUGCAGCGCGCCACCGAGUGAUCGAUGACACCGCCGAAUCGGUGACCCGACUCGACCUAGCAUAGUUAUAAUCACUAAUAUAGAGCAGCCAAGCUGACAAGGCGUAAGGGUCGGGCUUCGCGGGCAGCGCGGGGCGGAGGCGGAGGCGGAGGCGGAGGCCCGGCGCGCUGGAGGCGCUCCGGCGGCACUCGCGGCAGGUCGCCGCGCGUCGCCCUCGCCGCGUGCAGUUCACGGAGCGGGCGCAAGAUGGCGCGCGCAGCGGCGACACGGCCGAGAGCGGCGGGUCGGACAUGUCGGGCGGCAGUGGCGGCGGCAGCGGCGGCGGCAGUGUCGCCGUGGACGCGCGGCGCCCCUCCACCUGUCGCGUGGAGCUGGGCUCGCUGCUGGCGUCCGAGCCGCGCCCGCUCGACAACAAGGUCAAGAGACAUAGCAUCCACGGCAUGACGGAGGAGGAGAACAUAGUGCGCCCCCACCAGGAGAUGGCGGUGCUGUCGUUGGAGGAGAAGAAGUACCUGCUGGGCGUGGAGCGCGGCGACGUGGCGGGCACGAGGCGCGUGCUGCAGCGCGCGCGCGACACCGGCCACAUCAACGUGGACUGCGUGGACCCGCUGGGGCGGAGCGCGCUGCUGAUGGCUAUCGACAAUGAAAAUCUGGAGAUGGUGGAACUGCUGGUGGAGUUUGGAGUGGAGACCAGAGACGCACUACUGCACGCCAUCUCCGAAGAGUUUGUGGAGGCGGUGGAGGCCUUGCUGGACCAUGAGGAACGCACGCGCAAGGAAGGCGCGCCGCACAGCUGGGAAGCGCUUCCACCAGAAACAGCCACUUUCACCUCCGACAUCACGCCUCUCAUCCUGGCGGCCCACAGGGACAGCUACGAGAUCAUCAAGCUGCUGCUGGACCGAGGCGCUGGCCUGCCCGUUCCCCACGACGUGCGCUGCAACUGCGACGACUGCGUGCGCUCCCGCAGUGAAGACUCCUUGCGACAUUCCCGCUCGAGAAUCAACGCCUACAGAGCCCUAGCAUCCCCAUCCCUUAUCGCACUCUCCUCUAAAGACCCCAUAUUAACAGCUUUCGAGCUGUCCUGGGAGUUGAGACGUCUGUCUGCGUUGGAACACGAGUUCAAGACAGAAUACCAGGAGUUGAGGGCCCAGUGCCAGGAGUUCGCGACGGCCCUGCUAGAUCAUACACGAACAUCGUACGAACUUCAGGUGUUGCUAAAUCAUGAAACUGGAUCUGCGCCGGCACCUCCAACGGAGCCUGGAGCGCCAGAACGCAUGCGGCUAUCCAGACUAAAACUGGCGAUUAAACUGCGGCAGAAAAAGUUCGUGGCACAUCCGAACGUGCAACAACUAUUGGCGUCGAUCUGGUACGAGAGCGUGCCAGGGUUCCGGCGCAAGAACAUGCUGCUGCAGGCGGCGGAGAUGGUGCGCAUCGGCGCCAUGUUCCCGCUGUACUCACUGGCCUACAUCGCGGCGCCUCAUUCCACGGUCGGCCGGACCUUGAGGAAGCCCUUCAUUAAGUUCCUUUGCCAUUCUGCUAGUUAUUUCAUGUUUUUGUUCCUAUUGAUCCUGGCAUCACAGCGCAUCGAGACGGCGGCGGGAGGGCUGCUGUGGGGCGCGGCUCCACACGGGCAACCAAUGUCGCGUCGGGGCGCUCCGCCCUCGCUCGUCGAGUGGCUUAUUCUUGCUUGGGUCAGUGGUCUGAUAUGGAGCGAGGUGAAGCAGCUGUGGGACAUGGGGCUGCGGGAGUACGUCCAUGACAUGUGGAACGUGAUAGAUUUUGUCACCAACUCGCUGUAUGUCGCCACCGUCGCCCUACGGAUCGUCUCGCAUUUCCAGGUCCGUCGUGAGAUGGCGGCAGGGUUGGUGUGGAACCAGCCACGAGAGAACUGGGACGCGUGGGAUCCAAUGCUGCUAUCAGAAGGCCUGUUCUCGGCCGCCAACAUCUUCAGUAGCCUGAAACUGGUGUACAUCUUCAGCGUCAACCCCCACCUCGGGCCGUUGCAAGUGUCAUUGAGCCGCAUGGUGCUAGAUAUUCUUAAGUUCUUUGUAUUGGAUAUUCUUGUCAUCUUUGCUUUCUCUUGCGGUCUGAACCAGCUGCUGUGGUAUUACGCAGACAUGGAAAAGAAACGGUGCACAACAAGCUCAGCGCCGGCGAAUGGGACGCUCCCCGACCCGGACGCCUGCAUCGUUUGGAGACGAUUUGCUAACUUGUUCGAGACGAUGCAGACCCUGUUCUGGGCGGCGUUCGGUCUCAUCGACCUGGACUCCUUCGAGCUGGACGGCAUCAAGAUCUUCACGCGUUUCUGGGGCAUGCUCAUGUUCGGCACAUACGAGGUCAUCAACGUCAUCGUGCUGCUCAACUUGCUGAUCGCCAUGAUGAACCACUCCUACCAGCUGAUCUCGGAACGCGCAGACGUGGAGUGGAAGUUCGCUCGCAGCAAGCUGUGGAUCAGCUACUUCGAAGAGGGCGGCACUGUGCCCCCGCCAUUCAACGUGAUUCCGUCUCCCAAAUCUAUAUUGUACGCGUGGCGCUGGCUUCAGCGAAGGCUGUGCGGUCAUGCGAGGGCCAAACGAGAGCAUAUGCGCACUAUUCGGAGAAAAGCAAAACAAGCCAACGAGAGAGAUUUUCGUUACCAGGGCAUCAUGCGCAACCUGGUGCGUCGCUACGUGACGGUGCAGCAGCGGCGCGCGGAGUGCGGCGGCGUCACGGAGGACGACGUCAACGAGAUCAAGCAGGACGUGAGCGCCUUCCGCUGCGAGCUGGUGGAGAUCCUGCGCAACUCCGGCAUGAACACCUCCACGGCCAACGCCGGGGCGCCAGGCGGCGGCGGCGGCAAGAAGAACCGUCAGAAGGAGAGGAGGCUGAUGAAAGGCUUCAACAUCGCACCGUCAGGGUCGCUGGCGCCGGUGGACGAGUUCCUGGCCUCGCUGCACCACGAGCACGGCGGCGCGCACGGCGUCGACCACGCCUCCAUGUCAGCCUUCCUCGGAGGUCGCCUGCGCACGUCCCAGUCCAGCCUGUCGGACGGCGCCGGCGCGGGCGCCGCGCUGGGCGGGCGCCGCAAGCCGGCGCAGCACAAGCGGCGCUGGGGGACCAUCAUCGAGGCGGCGCGCGCGGCAAGGGUCUCCAGGCUCAUAGGCAGGUCGCGGUCGGAGGACUCGGUGUGCGACACCAGGGCUUCGCCGAGCGGCAGCGACCGUUCGGAGUCGGGCAGCGACUCUCAGCGCAGCCCCGAGCGCCGCGGCGGGCCGCUACACCCGCUGUCGGCGCUGGCGGCGCUCAAGCGCAAGCGCAAGAAGUUCUCCGACUCGCGCCGCUCGGGCGCCGAGGAGCGCGUCGCCUCGCAGGCCAGCGAGGCGCUGCAGCGGGCCAGCUCCGUGCCGGCCAGGGUCCCGCCACCGCCGCCUUCUGCAGGCUCUGUGGUGACGCAGCGGUCAGCGCCGGCGCCCACCCCGCCAGCAGCGGCGCGGCCUGCGCACGCGCCGCAGUCGGCCGCUGACGCCGGCGCGGGUCGCGGCGGCAGUCGCGAGCCGCUGCUGGCCAGUCUCGACGAUGAUGCGCACAAGGAGAUGUGCCGUCAUUGCGGUUGCGAGGCGGGCGGGGCGGGCGGCCCCAGCGCGGAGGAGCCCCGCGCGGCGGGCGCGGGCGGCGCCACGUGCGGGCGCUGCGCCGCGCUCGAGCGCCUCGCCGGCGUCACCCCGCUCCACGGGCACGCGCCGCAGCACUCGGCCGGGUGGUUGUAGCGGGGAUACAGAAAUCUGAAUUAGGUAUUCAGACCCCUAUGGCUAGUUAUAGACAAGUUUACUAACGGUCAUUGGACAGAACAUUGGAGGUGGCGAUCGGAUCGAUUAAAAUUCGCAGUAUUGGAGUUUUUGAGAACCGAUUUUGGGAUUUGAAUGAAAACAAACAUUAGGAUUUGAAAUACCUCACUCAAUUAACAGAAUAGUUUUUAAUUCAAUAUCAACAGAGAAGGCUACCUUUUUUUGAUUAAGUACGAAUAGAGAAGAGAAAGUAUGUAGCUACAAACAUCAAACCGACUGCCACCAGGAAAAUAUAAUACUAAGGAUAGGUCGAAAUACAUACUCUAGAUGUAAUCUUUUGUAACAGUCACCGCUAUGUAAAUAAUAUCUUAACUCUUUCACUUAGAGAACCUCAUUCGAAUCAUAAAUCCAAUUAAUAAAAUGACUACAUGUAGGACGAGUUGGUUGUAAGACCUGCCACGCUGCUGUCUUCACAUUAGUAAGAUGAUAAACCUCUAGUCAGUUCUAGUCAAAAAGAAAUUUUAAUGUAUGUAGCCUUUCCAAAGAAUAACAGAGAGAGAAAAACAUUCACAAAUUUAAGAAUUUACAAAUAUAAUCAAGUGUGCAAACAUGUGAAACGCAGGGUGGCUGCGAGCGAGAGUAGAAUAGUUACAACAUAUAGAAUACUGCUUGUUUGUGGUUUGCUCUCAAAUCACUGGGGUCCAAAGGCAUUGGCAGCAUAAGUAAUGUAUCCCUGCUUAAAUCCUCAAUUUAGAAACCUAAAUUAAGUUGGUAUCCUAUCUUACGGCACAAUUUCCCUUUCAUCUAAUCCCAAUUUUUUGCAAUCCAUUCGUGAUAACAUAGGAUAAGACCCUGCUGAUAUGCAAGUGAAUUAGAUAAUAUAUUUUAAUGUACAUUAAAUAAACAACGAUAAUCAGAUCCGAAAGCAAUAAUAUCAAACUAAAUAUCUUCCCGUUAGUCGGCGGGAGUUAAUAUUAGUGACGUCCAUAUUGUGCCUAAGCGAAGAGCGGCGAGAUCCUCCGCAAAGAGUCAUUGAAGGAUGCAAUUCUUCAGGGCCACAGCAGGUCUGCUAAAGUUUGAACAAUAGCGGUGUCAGGGUUCGUGUUGAUUUGUUGUAAUUGUGUCGUGUCCGCGGUGAAGCGCAGUCACUUAGAUAUUUUUAUAUUUCAUUAACGUAGACUAGUUCAGUGUUCGACCUAAGGAAACGGCCCAAUUCAUGGCAUUCUUACUUAGUAUAGUUUCCAAUGGACAUUUAUCAUAUCAAAACCUUUGUAAACACAUUACAUCAUUUCGUAAUUGUAAAGGUUCAUAUGUAAGUAGAUAUUAUUCUGAAAUUUAUAAUUAUACCGAUAGUUUUUAGAUGUGCUUGGUAGGUGUUCGCGACGUUAAACAUACCACACUACAUAUAUAUUAUGCUGUCACAACAGCUUCAAACUUUUGUUGGUUUUAAGAAGCCCAUGUUAUGAAUACUGUACAACCUAUGAGAGUGGUUCAUUAAUAGGCCUAAAGAUUAUUAUGGAUUUUAAAUUACUAAAUCUAAUAUUUUUCUAUCAACGCCCCUGUAAUUUCAAAGAGGACUUAGUACAAACCCCUGGGGAACACCAUUAUUUCGAAAAUUUUGACAAUGCGUGUGUGUUUUAAAAAGCCAAUAAAUUUACUCUCAAUGACAUAUCAGUCAUACUACUAUUUUAAAAACUUCAAAAUCGAAAAAAUAAUCGUUCAUGUAAUGGGGGAAUUUAUUAAAAAAAAAUGUUUUUGCUCUAAUAGCUAAACUACGCACCGAUGGAAUUUCUUUUGGUUUAAAAUAGAUAGGUAUAUAACUAACAACGCAACGUAGUGUGCUGUAGAAAUUAAUAAUACUAGGGACUAAGAAGCUGUCCACAUUCACACAAUACUGAGCGAAGUAAGGCACAAAUUGGCGCAGAUUAGAUAAGUCAAUAAAUAUAUCGUAGAUAUAACUCUUCCUAAGAAAUUAUAUAAUAAUGUUAACGCGACAUAUUUUAUGAACACCAACUAGUAGUAGCUAUAGUAAUCGCGGGAGUUCUCACUGGAUAUUAGGUAUACUAAAGGCGAACUUAUAGUUAGGAGUCCUAUUACAUUAUAUUAACGUAAGUGUGAUACACGCGAUCCUGUUUAAGCUGGGUAGUUUGCGGGCCACUGAAACGAGCUCUCGUCCAAAAUACUGCAUCAGCGCAGACAACAAUGUUGGUCUUACACCGUCGAGUAAUAAGUACAUGGCGCCGCAUUCUCCAUACACUAGCUCUCGUAAUGUAUUGCAAUGAUUGACGAAGCUCAUUUCAUUGGGCCGCUGCGUGUGACCGGCGUCGUUGCAAGUCUGACGACGACGAGACGACGCCCAGCUGCCAGGGGCUCGUGAGCGGUGCUCCUCGUGUGUAGAGAGGACUAAUUAAAUUAAUACAAUCAUGUGUUCCAGAAAGUUUUCCACUGUAAUAAGUUAUUCUAUCGGCGCACACAGAAUACUCGUAAAUAAGUACUAACGAACAAGACGAAACAGGGAUUUUUAACAUGUCGUACCUCUCCUAUAUCCGAAACGUCAUAUGAUACCCUGGUUUAUAAGACACUUUAGGUUAAGUAGUCACUAGUUCAAAGAUAAAAUAUAUCUAUACGUUUGAUGCAAUACCUAUUAUAUGUGAUCACAAAGUUUUACAUUCUUAUAUUUAUAUAAUACAGCAUAUGCAAUAGUUUAUGUAUGGAGGUUUGAUGGCGGACUCCGGGUGACUGGUCCAAUACCUGCUGCUACUGUUUUAGCUAGUGUCCCAACAGGAGAUGAUUUUAACAUUAAAAUUUCAUGUAGGCACCUACAUUAUAUAAACGCUGAUUAACAAUAUUAAAUAUAUAAUUCAAUAAAUACUGCGAUAUCAACGUGUUAAUUAAACGAAGCGUUAAAUCGAAUGUAAUGCAGUGAGGCGAAGGCAUUGGACCAGAUAAUUCGAAGUAUCAAGGAAGUCUCGGCUCGGCCGUCAUGUUUGGAUGCUAUUUUAGACAUUUGUAUCGUUCGAAUGAUUUUAAAUCGUUCGAUUACUCUGCUUGAAAAGCCUUUGAGUUUUGAGUGGAACGACCAAUAUCGAAAAUAGGAGCCACGAUAUCGGUCCGAGCCGGAAUUGUUUACGUACUUAUAAAUUGUAUUAUGAUUGAGUACUGGGUGCAGUAUCGAGUAUGACCAGAGGCCUUCACGAGUUUAGUUGUUGAGCGUGGGCGCCGGCAGAGGCCGCGGCGCGCGCACAUAAACGAUUAUAUUUUGUAAAGAGUUGUUAUUUAUUUAUACAUUAUAUUUGUAUAUAACGGUGCGAAGUUUAA